UGAUAAAUCCAUAAUUAUUCCCCAAUUCAGCCUUGAUAAAAAACGAAUUCCCAGCAAAUCCUUCCAAUUUCCACCCAUCAUUCAUCCCCUCUUUUCUUAAUCCCACUUCAACUCAACACCAAAUUCAGACAUCCACAUUUCUUAAUCUCUCUCUCUACAGAGAGGUUCAAGAGGGAGGAAAACAGAUGAGACUGCAUCCUGCAGCUGGAAACCAAUCGACCCACUAAGAAGAAGAGAAACAAAGCGUAGUUCCAUGCUAAAAUGAAGCUUCUGCACAGCGCCAGAAACAGCAAUCCAUACAAAAAAUCCUGCUACAAGUUGUUCAAAUAUGCCCUCUGGCUCUCAAUCUCCCUCUACUUCCUCUCCUCCUUCCUCAUCACCCGCCACACGACCACCAUUUCCACCACCACCAUCUCCCGCUCCAAACCCUCCCGCGCUCUCAUGGCCGAAAACCCCCAUCUCGAUUCCUCCGCCCACGGCAAAUUCAAUGGGAUGAGAAUCUAUGUUUACGAUUUGCCGCCGCAAUUCAACAGCGACUGGCUUAAGAACGAGCGAUGCAGCCGCCACCUGUUCGCGGCGGAGGUGGCCAUUCACCGGGCUUUAUUGAGCAGCGAGGUAAGGACGUUCGACCCGUGGCAGGCGGACUUAUUCUUCGUCCCUGUUUACGUCUCAUGCAAUUUCAGCGAGGUCAACGGCUUCCCCGCCAUCGGCCAUGCCCGCGCUCUCAUCGCCUCUGCAAUUCAAUACCUCUCCUCCGACCUCCCCUUCUGGAACCGCUCCCGAGGCUCCGACCACGUCUUCGUCGCCUCUCAUGAUUUCGGCUCCUGCUUCCACUCUAUGGAGGAUAUGGCGAUUUCGGAGGGGAUACCGGAAUUUCUGAGAAAUUCGAUAAUUUUACAAACGUUUGGUGUCAAAGAUAAGCAUCCGUGUCAAGAGGUGGAGAACGUGGUGGUGCCGCCGUACAUAUCGCCGGAGAGCGUGGCCACCACUCUAGAGGCGUCGCCGGUGACCGGCCACCGCGACAUUUUCGCGUUUUUCAGGGGUAAAAUGGAGGUCCACCCCAAAAAUGUCAGCGGUCGCUACUACAGCAAGCGCGUGCGUACCACGAUACUUCGAAGGUAUGGGAACGACCGUAGAUUCUACCUCCGGCGGCAUAGGUUUGCCGGAUAUCAAUCGGAGAUCGCGAGGUCCAAGUUUUGCCUGUGCCCGCUCGGGUGGGCCCCGUGGAGCCCGAGGCUGGUGGAGUCCGUCGCGCUUGGCUGUGUGCCGGUGAUCAUAGCGGAUGGGAUCCGGCUGCCGUUCCCUUCCGCCGUGCCGUGGGCGGAGAUCAGCCUCACGGUGGCAGAGGCUGACGUGGGCAAGCUCGGUGGCAUACUCGCCCACGUGGCGGAGACCAACCUAACUGCUAUACAGCGGAACCUGGGGGACCCGCGGGUGAGGAAGGCGUUGCUGUUUGAUGACACUGUAUCGGAAGGCGACGCCACGUGGCAGGUUCUGAUUGCAUUAUCCGGAAAGCUAGAUAGGUCCCACCGGGGUUAGAACCGAAUGAAGAGCUGCCGCGUGGCGCUGCUGUAGGGAACAAAGUUCUCGCUUUUUUGGGCUGAAGUUGAUGCGUUGGAAAACACACAGUAGUGGGAGACAGCUGGAAUAUUUAAUUGGUUUAUGCGUUGGCGGGAAUAUUUUUCCCUACCGGGUGGGCCCCGGUGUGCGCUGGGCGAUGUUGUACAUCUGAGGUGGAAUGGUGGUACUUGGCGCAGAGAGUGCUGUACAUUUGAUAAUGUGUGCACAAUUAUUUGAUAGAAGGGUUAAAUUUUGGAGGGAGAUGGGAUCACAUGUGGGUGGGGGAUCCAGUUUGGUGUACAAAAUAUGGUGACCUGAUUUAGAGUCCUUAUUCGUUUGUUCUUUUUGGAAUUAUGGUAAUAAUGUGGGCGAAUUGAAUUCAUUUGCUGCCACAGUGUGGCCCGUGGCCGAGGUUUCAUUUUUUUUGGAUCGUCCCACUAAUUUCCGUAAUUGUAGGUUAUAUAGUGAAAUGUGGUAGUAAUUCAAAUUACCAUAAUCAUUUCAGUUAUAUUUUAAAAUAGGCAAGGAAUAAAAUUGGUUGUCA